AUGCCGGCAACCGAAGCAAAAAACGCCGCCGAGAAAUCUUCCGCCGCUGCAAAAACCGCCGACGCCGGACUCUGGUGGGACCCAUUCAGUGCCUUUCUCUCCGAGCUUGAGAGUGCCUCCGUUUCAUCAGAAAUUCCUCCGGACCUGGAGAAUAAGGUAAGAGACAAUCAAGCAUGGUUUCUGGAUACCACUUCGAAGUUCAGGCCGCCGAGUCAGAAAUCAAAGGAAGCCUUGGAUUCGCCGUCUAUCAAGAUUGGUCCGCACGAGUUUAAUGUGCAUCCUGAACUGAAACAAGCUGCUCUCAAGAUUAGCUCAGUAUUGUGUUUAGAUGAAGUGCAAUCAUAUAUCCUUGUUAAAAGAUCACAGGAGCACAAUAAUGCAGCAGUCAGUGAUAUACUUCCAAAUAUUCUUAAUUCGGUUAUUCUCGAGUACUACAUUGAACGGCAAUGUUUGUUGAAGUGUACACGGCAUAUACUUCUGCAUGCCUUGCAAUUUGAAUCGAAAUCGGAUAAAGGUUCGGCUGUAUUGGAAGAGGCACGAAGGUUGAUUUCUGAUGGGCUUGAAUGUAAAUUGUUAUCUAUCUUCCAGGAUCUUUUAUCUUCCAAUUACCCUGAGAAUAUGGAUUUUGACCUAUACACUUUAUGGGCUGAGGAAACACUAAUAGAGGACAACCUAAUCCUUGACAUUCUUUUUCUCAUUUAUUAUGAGUCAUUUUGUACUUGUGACGCCAAAUGCUGGAAAAAAUUGUGUGGACUGUAUAAGGGCAUUGUCACUGGGUCUUACAACCUCCAGAAAUUGGCAAUAACACCUGAUGCUAUUCGUUCUAUAUAUCAUGCCAAAGUGCAGCUGCUGCUUAUUCUCAUAGAGGGUCUAAAUCUUGAAAAUCUCCUUCAAAUGAUCCACGACAACAUUCCAUUAAGGCAGGGUUCUAUUGGCUUUUCGGAGAUGGAUGUUCAACAACUGGAUUCAGUGAUUUCGGGUUUUAAUGCUUUUGAGGCCAAAGAAGAAGGCCCUUUGAUCCUUUCUUGGGCUGUGUUUCUAUGUCUCAUUUCUGCUCUCCCAGAGAAAGAGAAAAAUGUUUUGCUGAUGGAGAUAGAUCAUGUUGGUUAUGUUCGUCAAGCUUUUGAAGCUUCAUCAUUGGAAUAUUUUCUUGAGAUUCUACAAAGUGACACAUUAAAGUAUUCAGAUGGUCCUGUGGCAGGCUAUUGUAGUGUUUUGAGAACAUUCAUAUCGGCCUUUAUUGCAUCUUACGAGAUCAGUCUCCAGUUCGAGGAUGAUAAUUUGAAAUUAAUACUGGAAAUACUGUGCAAGAUCUAUCGAGGCGAGGAGUCUCUUUGUAUUCAAUUUUGGGAUAAGGACAGUUUCAUUGAUGGUCCUGUCAGGUGUCUUCUCUGCAACCUAGAAGGUGAAUUCCCUUUCAGGAAUGUUGAGCUUGUAAGAUUGUUGUCAGCCCUUUGCGAAGGCGCGUGGCCAUCAGAAUGCGUAUUUAAUUUUCUUGAUAAGUCUGUUGGGCUAUCAACACCUGUUGGGCUUAGAGGAGAUGCUGUUCUAGAUGCUAGUUCAAAGAUUGUCGAAACAAAUUCACCAUUGCAUGUUGCUGAUGCUGAAGGCUUGGUCAUACCUAGCAAAUCUAAGGGUCAAGUUUUGAGAAUGAUUGAUGAAAACUGUGCCCUGGUACGGUGGGAGUACACAGAGUCUGGGGUGCUUGUGCUGCUUAUGCGUUUGGCUCAAGAGCUUCGUAUGCAAAAUUCUCAGGAUCUCAUUGUUAUUCUUGAUUUGCUGAGUCGAUUGGUGACUUUUAAUAUGGCUGUUUGUUAUUCUCUUAUGAAUCCCUGGAAUUCCCUUCACAAAGAAUCUACUUUCGGGAGCCAGGAGACAUAUGCAUGCAUUGAUGUGGUUGAGAUUGUUUGUGCUCUGGUGAAAAGCCUUUCCCCCAGCGUGAAUGGUGCAGUAAUGAUGUCCAUGGGGGUUAAUAUAUUAACAAAAAUGUUGCAAUGCAUGCCAUCUCGGGUAGCUACAAUGGCCGUGAAGGGAAACAUAUUUGAUGUUGCCUUUAGGACAAACCCUUCUGAUGUGGGCUCCAACAGUUUAUCAAGUGGAUCCUGGUUGCUUUCUGGAAGACUUGCCAAAAUGCUUUUGAUUGAUUGUGAGCAGAGUGAUUGCUCAAUGACUGUGGCAGGCAUGUAUUUGAUUUAUGUAGCUACUUUCUUUCUGGACUUAACAACGAAUCUUCUGGAUACUGAAUCAGAAACUGAUAGUGUCCUUGCACUCGUUGUUUUCUCCCUUCAGUAUGUUCUUGUUAAUCAUGAAUUCUGGAAAUACAAGGUGAAGCAUGCUCGGUGGAAGGUGACCCUUAAGGUGCUUGAAGUCAUGAAGAAAUGUAUUUCUCUGGCCAGUUGUCAAAAACUGGGAGAAGUUGUUACUGAUAUUAUGCUUUGUGAUUCUUCCGUCCACUCUUCACUUCUUCGAAUUGUUUGUACAACUACAGCGAACUUAGAGAAGCUCUAUGUUUCUCGUCUUCUAGACAUAGUGGAUAUUGAAGGUCUGCAACUAGCUAUAUCCUGUGGCUUGGAUGUCUUAGCUGGUAUGAUGUCUGCUUUCUCGAAGGAUUCACCAAGUCUUUCAGUUUUUCAUCAAGCAAUUCUAUCACCAAUGAUAAAGCCAGUACCAUUGAUCUCUGCUGCCACGUCUUUAAUAUCAUACUCUCGAGACGCUAAUAUACAAGUAGGUGCUGCAAGGUUGCUAUCGCUGUUAUUUAUUGCAGAUUUAUCGCAAUCUAAUGCGAGUCUCAGUUUGGAUGAGAAGGAGAUUGCCAAUUUUAGAAAUGCUGUUUGUACCAUUCUAUCUAAGCAGACGCCUUGGGCCGAGGAUAUUAUUGUUUCUACUUUGAACCUCCUAACUUCUGCGGCACAGAAUCAGCCUGCUUUUAUAACUGUUCUCUUCUCGUCUGAAGAGAGUUUGAAAGCUGAAGUGCGUAAUGAUGACUCUGAGCAUCAGCCAAAACAAAAUGAGAAUGGAUCGGUAGAUUCUAAGGAAGAAAGCUGUUUGUCUGCAAUUAUUCAGUAUCUUAAAAGGACCGAUGAUUUAUUCGAGAGGAAACCCAAUAUAUUGUUAUGCUUAUUGAACUUGCUGAGUGCCUUGUGGCAAGGUGCACCUCAGUUCACAAAAAUUCUGGAGCAGUUAAAAUCCUCGGACCAAUUCUGGAAACAACUGACCAACCCCGUUGUGAUGUUUUCUAACGAUCAAGACAAUUUAUCUGAUAAGUCAACCGAAAAGAAAAUUCAAAACACAGCAUAUAGAUAUCAAGUCCUGUCAGCUGUAUUGGAUAUACUUAAUUAUGAAAUUUUCCUGCAAAAGAAAUUGAUGCACGCUGAGAUAGUUGUCAACAGAAUCUCUAAGUCUCCAAUUAAUGGGACAGAAAAAAAGGUUGUUUCAGACCUGAAGGAGAUCAUAUCGACUUGGUGUAAGAGUUCGUUGUUGAGCGACCUUAUCAAGGCAUUUGUUUCUUGGGAACAUGAUAACAACGGUCAUGACCGUGCAAAGAUUGCUGCUAGUUUAUUUGUUGUUCAUGCAAUGGUGAAAUUAAGAAAUGGUGAGAAGGGUAGCUUUUCCGUUUCACUAAUCAAAAGGCUUGAUACUUUGUCCCAAGAGUUGUGCAAGUUACCUGCCUUUUCAGAAUUAUUAACUCAGUAUGGAGAGCGUGGUUACAGUGGUGGUCAAGAGUUGGAGAAUUUAAUACUUAGCGAUUUGUUCUACCACAUCCAAGGAGAGCUUGAAGGCCGUCAAAUUGACUACAGACCAUUUAAAGAGCUGCUGCAGUAUUUGUUAGAUUCCAAGUUUUUGAAUGCUUAUAAAUAUAAACAAGAUACUUAUCUUUCACCGAGCAUCAAGAGCGUCUAUCUGUAUGACACUGUUCGCAUCAGAGCAGACCUUGGAUUAGAGAUGUGGGAUCUGUUAGCGUGGAAAGAAUCUAAAGAAAUAGCUCAAUCUAUGUUGCAUUGCUUGCAAGAUUGGAACUCAAGUAGGAUGUACUCAAAUUCCAAGCUGUCGGCUUUAAGAGGACUAAUUACCCUUUUCAAUAUGCAUGGAGACAACCUAUCAGAAAAUGAAGCUUCAGCUGGUAUGAGGAUGUCGAAGCCAAUAGUUGUAUUAUGCAUUGACCACAUAUGUUCUUCCCUUGGUCCCACACUAGAACUACUGACCCCUGUUUCUGAUGCUAGUGAAGAAGUUCUUCAUAUACUUACAGCCCAAGCAGAAUUACUGCUGUUUCUCACAAAAUCUCUGACCCAUAAUAUUCCCCAUUCCACUCUUAUUCUCAUCUUCAAUACCUCAGGCCAUGCUCUCAAAGUGCUGUGCAGUUAUCACCACACACAAUCACUUGCUGUUCGAACAGCCAUGAAAGUUUUCCUCAUGUUGAUUCUCAUUUCCAUCGAGUUGACAUUCAAGGAUUUCAGUUCCGGCAAAGCAACAUGGAUCGAAACCCUCGAGAAUUCUAGUGAGGUUUCUAAUUCAUGUCUGGGGAUAUUAUUACCUGUCCUGUGUAAAUGCAUCGAGCAUCCUACCAACAAUUGCUCUCUGUCCUUAACCGCCGUCGAUUUAAUUCUGAAAGUCUUCUCAUCAUCUUCCACGUGGACCCCAGUUGUGCAGAAACAUCUACCUCUUCAGCAUAUUGUCCGGAGGCUUCACGAGCGAAAUUCGUCCGGAACAGUUCCGAUUAUUUUGAAAUUUCUCUUGAACCUUGCCCGAGUUCGACACUUUGCCGAGAUGCUUUUAAAUGCUGGGAUCCUUUUGUCGAUAAGAACGCUGCUGUCUGAAUAUUCUGAAAGCGACGGGCCGCCUUUCUCUCUCAUCCGAGGUGAGCGAAUUUUUUUCGCGGACAAAGCUGAAAAGUGUCGACCCUUAUUAUGGGGACUGAGCCUUUCUCUAAUCACAGCAAUUAUUCAAUCUCUGGGGGAUAUAAAUUCCACCGGAAUUGUCGAUCAUGUGAUGACUUACAUAUUGGUCGAGAAUUCGUCCUUGGUUUCAUAUUACCUUAGUGCGCCAGAUUUUCCGAGCGAGGUUCAUGAAAGUAAAAGGGCCCGAGCCUCGAAAUCAAAUAUCUCGUUGAGCGAGCUCAAAGAGACACGAUACACUCUGGCUCUUCUUUGUGUCCUCGCCAGAUAUUCAAAUUCGUGGAGGAAACUCGUGCAGAAUAUCGAAUCUGGGCUGAGAGAAAAAGGGAUCCAUUUAUUGGCCUUCAUAAGCCGGGCAACUCAGCGCCUGGGGGAUUCACCCAGGACAGAUGCUCCUCUGCUGUGCUUCCCCGUGAUAGGGGAAGAAUUCGAUUGGUACAAGGAGAAAUCUUUUGUUAACAGCAGAAAUGGUUGGUUUGCUCUGUCGGCUCUCGGGAGCAAGCUGGAUACUAAAUGUGGGCCCACAUCGUCUGGAUUGGGUUCUGCUCUCGUCUCGAGGGAUCAGUUGAGAAAUGGUGGGGAUUCAUGUGCUCAGACGUAUCUCUCGGACUUGAUUGCAAUCGAGAUGUACAGGAUUGCUUUUCUUCUUUUGAAGUUUUUGUGUGUGCAAGCCGAGAGUGCCUCCAGGAAGGCCGAGGAGGUUGGUUUUGUUGACCACGCGCAUUUCCCUGAGCUGCCAGUGCCUGACAUUUUACAUGGAUUGCAGGAUCAAGGGAUUGCCAUAAUUACCGAAUUAUGUGAAGCCAACAAGACAAAACAGCUUGCACCUGAAGUACAAGAGGUCUGCCUCUUAUUGCUGCAAAUCACAGUCAUGGCCUUGUACUUGGAGUUCUGUGUUAUACAAGUUUGUGGCAUAAGGCCUGUAUUAGGCCAUGUGGAGACAUUCUCCAAGGAGAUUCGGCUGCUUAUCAGAGCAACUGAGGGCCAUGCCUUCCUAAAAGAGCCGUUGAAGGACUUGAAGCAGAUUGUGUAUUUUGUGUAUCCUGAGUUAGUACACCAACAAGAAGAUUUGUUUUGA